UGAUGCACAAAGAAACAAGUCACUUUUCCACGGUUCUCCUAAGUGACACGCGCUCAACCUGGAAUAAAUAAAAUCCCGUUAUAAUCUGGCAUAGCCUAUACUGAUUUGGAUUCGCGAGUUUGGAGCUGUUCUUUUUUUCUCGUGCUUACAGAAAUUUAUUGGAUUUUAACUAUGACCGUCAACGUCAUUAAUCCAUAUUGCACGUCGUUUCUCUCUUUUUCACUCGAAUCGAUUAAGUCAAUCUGAUCCAAAAAUGAAGUUUGGAAAGAAUAUAUGCAUCCUGAACGUCGGUGGCACCAAGUAUGCGUUCACAAGAGAAGUUAUCAAGGAUUUUCCCCUCCGAAGAGUGAGCAGACUUCACAGCUGCUCCUCUGAAAAGGAGGUCUUGGAGGUAUGCGAUGAUUAUGACCGAGAGAGGAACGAGUUUUUCUUCGACAGGCACUCUGAGGCGUUUGUCUUUAUUAUGCUUUAUGUCCGAUCUGGAAAGCUAAGGUUUGUCCCGCAGAUGUGCGAGCUUUCCUUUUACAACGAGAUGAUCUACUGGGGGUUGGAGAGCUCGCAUUUGGAGUUUUGUUGCCAGAGAAGACUGGAGGAAAGGAUGUCCGACACAUACACGUACGUUUCAGAGGAGGACAUCAAGGCAGAGGUGGAGUCCAGAAGUGAGGAGGAUCAGGUCACCAGGCUCGCCCCGGAGACAGGGAACGCGCGGUGGCUGGAGAGGAUGAGGAGGACUUUUGAGGAGCCUGCUUCUUCUCUCGCUGCGCAGAUCCUGGCAUCAGUGUCAGUGAUUUUUGUCAUUAUGUCUAUGGUCAUCCUCUGUGCGAGCACUCUGCCGGACUGGGAUACAGCAAAAAACAAUACGGUGGAAGAACACAGGAUUAUCGAGGCGGUUUGCAUCGGCUGGUUCACUGCCGAGUGCAUAGUGCGUUUCAUUGUCUCACGGGACAAAUGUGAGUUUGUGCGCCGCCCCCUUAAUAUUAUUGACCUGCUGGCGAUCACUCCUUACUAUGUGUCUGUCGCUAUGACAGCGCUGACGGGAGAAAACCCUCAGCUACAGCGAGCGGGAGUCACUCUGCGUGUAUUACGAAUGAUGCGCGUCUUUUGGCUAAUCAAGUUGGCGCGUCACUUCCUCGGGCUGCAGACGCUCGGACUGACGCUGCGCAGGUGCUACCGCGAGAUGGUCAUGCUGCUGGUUUUUGUCUGCGUCGCAAUGGCGAUAUUCAGCGCCCUGGCACAGCUGUUGGAGCACGGCCUUGACCUGGAGACUAGCAAUGAGGACUACGCCAGCAUCCCGGCAGCCUGCUGGUGGGUUAUUAUCUCCAUGACCACCGUCGGCUAUGGAGACAUGUAUCCCAUCACCAUUCCGGGGCGCGUGCUGGGUGGCGUGUGCGUUGUGAGUGGCAUUGUGCUGCUGGCUCUGCCCAUUACCUUUAUCUACCACAGCUUUGUGCAGUGCUACCAAGAACUCAAAUUCCGCUCAGCACGCUGCGUGCGAAGUCUCUCCUCCGAGUUUCUCAACUGACUGUCGCACAGUUCGUCAUGAGAUCCUCUGAAACCUGCUGGUCUUCAGCUUAGCAACAUCACCUGCUCUUCUGUGCCUUUAUUUUGUACCAAGAUCGAAAAUAUAGCGCUAUUCUGUUUUUUUUUGGGGGGGGGGGGGGAAUCAGCGUUCUAUUAUAUCCAAAUAAUAACACAAGUACCUCUGUACUCAAGGACACAUCGGCGUUGACAAUUGCAGUCAUUUCUGGAACCAGUUCUGUCCGCUCUGGGACAGAACAGGACAAAAGAGACUAGUGCACAAUAAAGAAUUACCAUCCAAAGGAAAUACAUAAGCCAAUGUUUGUGUCGUAACCCCCCUUCCUGUGUGAACGAAUACAAAUUUCUCAGUGUAUGAAAUGGACAACUGUGGCAUUUGACGACUACAGAUGGCCAGGCUGCCUGGAACGGGCAUCUGGCGGGACCUUGUGUCCUGUCAGUGCUCCAGCCUAGAAGGAGCUUACACAAAUUCUCAUGUUUCCAUGGAGAGGUCCCUCUGACUUGCUAAAUCAUUAAUUUAGCUCCCAAUAAAGUGGCAAAAGUAAAAGGUUUUAGAGUGGCCACAUAGAAGCAAAUAUACUGUGAUUGUUUUGACACUGUUGAAUGUGCAGGCUCAAAUUAAGUUAAAGGUCUUACUCAUAGAAUGGUAUAGUUAACAUUACUAAGCCACAAAAAACAAACAUCAGCUGUUCAUACAGACAGCGACAAGUCUGCAACCUGUCCAUAAACGACAGUGUGAAUCAAGAGGCGUGAACUAAAUUGAUUAGCAAACACCUCACCCACACGCUCACCAGUAGGAGGGCUGUCACUCGCUUCCUUCUUCCUCUUUGAAUACAAGCACAAAAUCAAACCUCUUUUCCUCAUUCAAGGGACUUUCUGAGUUUCUUGGAAGGAAAAAAAAAAUAUUUGGGGUUGUAAAUGUAAUUAAUAAGAUAUGAAGCACAUGAUAUGAUUUAUUAACAGUCAAUUUUAUAAAAGUAUUUCAUUAAGCACCAAGAACAGUUUGGAAACAUAUUGACUAUAUGAUACAGAUUUUCUUCAGCUAAAUUGAUGAUAAUGUCUAAAUUAAGAUAGAGUGCAUUGAUUAAUUCAGGUUAUCCUAUAAUGACAUCAUUCGUCUUUAGCUUAAAUCGUCAUGUCAGUGUUGGGUUCUUAAUGGCAGAAACAUUGCUUGGUUGACGUCACACCACAAUGUUUAUUUUUGCAUCUGUAUGGAGACACGCCUUCAUAGCUGUUUGAUUUUGUAGCUGUAUUUGUGGCUAUUUUAAAGGGUCAUGAUGAUGCAAAUGAAAUCUUAUGUAGCUCUAUUCUGUAACCUAAAAUGUAUUCUAUUUGGUAAAGACAAGAUUAUUUAUGUCUAGGAAGAAAAUAAAGAAAUGUUUACUGAUUCAAGCCUGAUUGUUUAACUAAUUAUAAUACAAGAAUGUAAAAUGUGGCACAAAUGUGAAAUAUGUUAAGCAAAGACAAAGUACCUCUGAAUGUUUUAAAUAGGAUGACUGUGUCUAUAGGUGCCAGUUUUUACUCCAGUGAAUAUUAGGGUGGCUUUAUUUUUGAAAAGCAAUUUCUGUACAGGCACCUGUCAGGGUUAUGUGUUUAAGUUUUAGGCCGCAUCCGAAAUCCCACACCUAGUAUGCCAAUACUGUCUACUCAUAUAAGAGUAGGCAAAAAGUACCAAGUACCCAGGUGACCUACUACUUCCGGAGAUUCUGAAGUGGACACUUUACUAUCCCAUCAGGCAACGGGAGAGGAUUCACGAAGGGCAGUUAAGCGGCCUGGUGGCUACUGACACACUGGUAGAUGAUAAUGACAACAUGGCAGUACGUCCUAAUUACAUUCAUAUAAGACACAUUCAUUUAUAGAAUAUGCUGAUUUAACAGUCGUGAAGUAAUUACUUAUUUAUAAUAAGUAGGCCUACUCCCUCAAGAGAGUUUGCAAUUUCGGAUGCAGCCUUGGUUUUGCUCUGUUCCUUGUUCCUGCUUCUGUUACUUAUUGUUUGAUUAGUUAUGUAGGCUAUACGUUGUGUCUCAUUCAUUUAGUUGAUUAGUGUGAUCUAAUGAUCUCCCUGUCCCCUGUGUUCUGUUCAGUUCUUGGUCUGUUCUCGUCUUAUUAUGUUUGGUUGUUCUCUGCCCAUGGUUCUAGACAAUGAUUUGAGUAUUUUGUUUUGUUUAAUAAAGAGAAGAUUGCUGCAACUAAA